CGCGGCUGCUCUACCGACGGUGGCGGCGAUUGUGCUGCGCCCCGCCGCGUCCCCGAGUCCCGGGAGUCGGCGCGGCGCGGCAGGAGCAGCCAUCCGCCACGGAGAGUCCAGCUGUCAGCUGUCUCACAGGAAGAUGCUUCGAGGAUGGGGUGGCCCCAGUGUGGGUGUGUCUAUGGGCACGGCACUGGGAGUGUUGUGCCUCUGCCUUACAGGAGCUGUGGAGGUCCAAGUCUCUGAAGACCCUGUGGUGGCCCUAGUGGAUACGGAUGCCACCCUACGCUGCUCCUUCUCCCCAGAGCCUGGCUUCAGCCUGAGACAGCUCAACCUCAUCUGGCAGCUGACAGACACCAAACAGCUGGUGCACAGCUUCACUGAGGGCCGGGACCAAGGCAGUGCCUAUGCCAACCGCACGGCGCUCUUCCCUGACUUGUUGGUGCAGGGCAAUGCAUCCCUGAGGCUGCAGCGUGUCCGAGUAACCGACGAGGGCAGCUACACCUGCUUUGUGAGCAUCCAGGACUUUGACAGCGCUGCUGUUAGCCUGCAGGUGGCCGCCCCCUACUCAAAGCCCAGCAUGACCCUGGAGCCCAACAAGGACCUGCGUCCAGGGGACAUGGUGACCAUCACGUGCUCCAGCUACCAGGGCUAUCCCGAGGCUGAGGUGUUCUGGAAGGACGGACAGGGAUUGCCCUUGACUGGCAAUGUGACCACAUCCCAGAUGGCCAACGAGCGGGGCCUGUUCGAUGUUCACAGUGUGCUGAGGGUGGUGCUGGGUGCUAAUGGCACCUACAGCUGCCUGGUCCGCAACCCGGUGUUGCAGCAAGAUGCUCAUGGCUCGGUCACCAUCACAGGGCAGCCCAUGACAUUCCCCCCUGAGGCUCUAUGGGUGACUGUGGGGCUCUCUGUCUGUCUUGUGAUACUGCUGGUGGCCCUGGCCUUCGUGUGCUGGAGAAAGAUCAAGCAGAGCUGUGAAGAGGAGAAUGCAGGUGCUGAGGACCAGGAUGGGGAUGGAGAAGGAUCCAAGACAGCUCUUCGGCCUCUGAAACACUCUGAAAACAAAGAAGAUGACGGACAAGAAAUAGCUUGACUGGAAGCUGCUGCCCUUCCCUGGUGGGGGGGCCCACCCUCUGGCUGUAUUGAGCCUCAAUGUGAGCCCUGCCCCCAAUGAAUGGGUUUUGUUCCACAGAUCUACCCAUUCUUUAGAGGACGUGGUUUACAGGCUACCCACAGCCUUAUUUUCCCAAUGGACUUAAUUCCCAUCAUCCUGAAGCCUCCUUUCUCCAGUGACACGAUACACGAACCAUCCUGCGGCCUUAUUUCUUACGGACUCGACACAAAGAGUUCUCCACCUCAGUGUCCCUCCAGAGUCAUCCGGUGGCCUUGUGAUACUACACGGACCUUCCUUCUGCCUUACUUUAAUAGAUAUACACAAACCAUCCCCAUGUCCUUGUGCCUCCAAAGCCAUGCAGAGACUGUAUUACUGCUACUAUUCUCCAAGGCACAUGCUAUUCAGAUGAACCCCUGCCUUAUUCCUCUGAAGACAGAUGCUUAGUUACCUCUUGGUUCUUUCUCCCAUGGCCCUGACAUAUCUUAGUCACCCAUCAACGAUGGGAUCCCAUCUCUCAGCAAGUCCUCAACCUGACUCCCCUGCCCUCAUCUGGCCCUGGCUUUGGUUUUCUCCCUCCCUAAGUGAGAUGGGGCACACUCCCCAUCCACACACAUGGGUCACAGCUGUGCGUGCUGGAUCGCGUACAUACUUGCCUUGCAUGGUCUCCUCUGGCUGCCCUGGGCUGUGCCCUUUCUCGCCUCAGGAAGCAGGUGCUGGUCGGCCUGGUUCUCAGGGCCCCUCAGGGAGUCAGCCUUCAACCCUGUGCUUCCCGUGUUGGAAAUCUUUGUUACUUUUCCUUUCUUAGUAAAUUAACAUCUGUUGAACAACCACAGCGUCCAACAGGACUUUCACAGACCCUGCCAGCUAGAUUAAAUAAUGAUACAGAAGUUUAUUAAUUAUUUUAAAGCUUAGGUUUUUUUGCCGGGAGGUAUCCCAAAUACUCUAUCCCGACUAAUCCUGGCACUAUGUCCCACCACAUGGCCAGGCCUACCUCUGCUCCACUCUGAAUCAUCCACCUCUGUGUCCGCCGACAAAUCUCCCAUGAUUCAGUUCUUCUCCCAGCGUCCCUAUCUCUGCCCGGAAGUACGACCUUUGACUUCCUGACCAACUAUUGGCCGUCAACUCUUUGUUAAAGGUGAUCAGAUAUAAUUUUGCCUUAGGCACGUGAGGAAGAAACAUAUUUAUAAAAUACGAGACCAGAGAUGGGCCAUGGAAAUAACACCAGAUUCUGACAGCCUUUAGCCCUCUGCUGGUACAAAUUAACAAUUGAAUAUAUAGAGACACACCUUCACACAGUGCACCCCAACAACAGGGGUGAGCAUUGUGCUGGGUACUAGGGUCCUGCUGAAAUCAGAGACCUUAACUCCAGCUGGGGAAUGGCCUUGCUCCCUGCUGUGCCCACAGCUUCCAACACUGUCCCUGACCCCAGGGUAGGGGUGGAAACCUGGAGAAGGCACAGCCCCUUACCAUACCUUGAGAACUGGGUAUUUUUCAGAGUCUAUAUGUGUGCACUGGAAGGCAGGUGGCCACAGCCAUGCAGACCUGGGUAGGGUCAGAAGCCUAUGCCACGCUGGGACCUCCUCAACAGCUGAAGUCUGAGGACAAGAAGGGCCUUCUUACUGUGGUGCUAUUCUGGAGCUGGGGUAUAUACCUGGCUUGUCUCUGACAGCCCUGGCUUUUGGCAGAACUUCUGAUGUCCUGAAGGUCUCUCUCGCACCCCAGUACUGGAGAACCUGGGGAUAAUUUAAACAUGGGACCCUGGCAGAAGCAGGAAGAUCUCUGACUUACUUUGGAGUCAGCCUGGUCUACAGAGUGAGUUCCAGGACAACUGGGGCUAGACAGAGAAGCCAUCUCAAGGGCUAAAACUAAUAAACACGGGACGCUAAACUGGGAAUAUUUUGGGAGAAAUAAAUGUCUUUUUCUUUCAA